AUGAGGGGGAUGGCAACGAAAGGACUUGGGCUGUUCAUUCUCAGUGCAAUUCUGGUGUCUGCUCACGCCCUCACUGUGGAAGCACCUACGAGCCAAAUCCGAGUGGCAAGAGGAAAAGAUGCUACCCUGCACUGUAAUUUCAAAUCAAACUCAGUUCCUGACAGAGGAGACCUGGUUGUCUGGAAGAAAAUCAAUAGCAAGGUUGAUGCUGUGACGCGCUAUUUCGAUGGGUUCGUGCAGUACGGGGAGGGCUACGACCAUCGCAUCCAGUUCAGUGGCAACGUUGACAGUGGGGACAUCAGCAUCACCAUCAGUGCUGUCACCAUGGAGGACAAUGGGACCUACGCCUGCAGCGUCCGCCUCCGCGAGGACCCCCCGCGAGAGUCCGCGCUCCUGGAUCUCUUUGUCCUCGUUGCACCGUCCAAGCCCGAAUGCAAUAUACUGGGGACAGCACAAUAUGGACAGACAAUCAACCUAACCUGCGUUUCUCACGAGGGCUCCCCAGCACCCACAUACACCUGGAAAAGCUUCAAUGUGCAGAAUGAGCCCCGUGUGCUACCACACACAGAAGGGCAACAAAUAACUCUGAAGAACAUCUCAGCAGACACCUCUGGCUUUUACAUCUGCACUUCAACAAACGUUGUGGGAACAGAAUUUUGCAACAUGACAGUCAGCGUUGUGCCACCAUCCAUGAACAUAGCUCUGUAUGCUGGCAUCAUUGGAGGAGUUGUUGCUGCCAUUGUGGUGAUUGGGAUCAUUGCCUAUUGCUGCUGCUGCCGAGCAAGCAAGGACGCUGACUAUGAGAUGACGGAACAAGAAGACAGAAGUGAACCCUCCAGGCAGAUGCCAACAAGGCAGGAGUGCACAGGGGAGGAUGUGGAGAAUGCAUGAAUGAAGAAGCCACUGCCAUCUCGAGGAUCUGCUGAGGCACAGACAUUGCUGUAGAAAUCAAUCCCUCUUUCUUACUGCAAGGACCUGAAUUAUAAAAUGAAAGCCAAAGGCUCUGCCUUUAAGUUCUGGGAGAGAACAUUAUUGCUUCCAUGGAAAUAAAUGUUUGAUGUACAGUGAGCAUUA